UAUGCUCGAUUUCACACCUUUGGACUGGAACGAAUUUUUUGACAGAAAAGAACUGUUAUCUGUAAAUGAAGACAAAUUUAAUGUUUAUUUGAAAGGAUCAAAAGGCCCCCUAUUUUGUUUACUUCAUGGUGGGGGAUAUACUGGCUUGACUUGGGCAUGCUUUUCGGAACAAAUUUCUUCUCAAAUUGAAUGUCAAAUAAUUGCCCCAGAUUUAUGCGAUCAUGGAGAAACACGAGUAGAGGAUAAUUUAGACAUGUCUGCUGAAAGAAUGGCAAAGUAGGUAAAUAAACCAAUUUAAAGUGUUCAAGUCGUCUUUGAAGACAUUUUGGGGAAUUUUUCCCAAAUUUGGGGAAUUUUGUGAUUUUUGGUGUAGUGGGAUAAAUUCAGAUUCACCCCCAAAACGGUCGAUGGUUCGAACCCCAUCGUGGGAAAAUAUUUUAUUUUGAUGAA